GGCCGCAUGCAUUGAGAGGACCAGCGCGAACGAGCACGGUUCCUCUCCCGCGCCUGCUCCUCGGUGCGCGCUCCCGUGCAGAGAGAGCCAGCCUGGCUUCGGGGAGCUGGAGAGCAGACGAGCGACAGCGGGGGAGAGAGAAAGAUGGAGGUGAGGGUCGGGGAGAGACUCCUGUGCCUGGCCGUGCUGUCCAGCGUCCUUUGCGUGGGUUCAGUCUUCGGGAAAUACGUCAGAGGCAUCGUCAACACUAAAGAGGACUGGGUUUUCCUCACGCGCUUCUGUUUUCUCACUGACUUUGGGAGGCUGGAUUUCCGGUUCCGUUAUCCAAAGUCCCGCUGCUGUCAGAACAUAUUGCUCUAUUUUGAUGACAGCUCUCAGUGGCCAGCUGUGUACAAGAGGCCCGAAAAGAACUGCUACCAGAAGGAAGCGGUGCUGAGGCCAGAAAACAACCAGGUCAUCAACCUCACCACCCGCUACACCUGGUCCGGCUGUGUGGUGGAGGGAGAUGGGACCGAGGAGGUUUUGAGCUGCGUGGGUGGCCGCAGUUUCCGCUCCGUGAGGGAGAGAUGGUGGUACAUCGCGCUGAGCAAGUGUGGGGGCGAUGGCUUGCAGCUGGAGUACGAGAUGAAGCUAACCAACGGCCAAUCGUUCUGGACGCAGCAUUUCUCCGCAGAUGAGUUUGGAAUCUUGGAGACAGACAUCACGUUCCUGGUCAUCUUCUCCAUGGUCUUCCUCCUCUCCUGCUACUUUGCCUACAAUCUGAAGGGAAGACAGCUUCUUCACACAACCUACAAAAUGUUUAUGACAGCGGCAGGUGUGGAGGUGCUCAGCCUGUUGUUCCACUGUGUCUACUGGGGCCUGUAUGCAAGAGAUGGAGUUGGCAAUGGCAGCCUGAAAAUACUUGGGAAAUUACUGUUCUCCGUCAGUUUCUUGGUUUUCCUUCUCAUGCUCAUUCUUUUGGGCAAAGGUUUCACUGUCACCAGGGCGAGGAUCAGUCACAGUGGCUCCGUUAAACUGAGCAUCUACAUGACAGUCUACACAAUCACCUACGUCAUCCUCUUCAUCUACGAGGCGGAGUUCUUCGACCCAGGUGAAGUGCUGUACGCCUACGACAGCCCUGCAGGCUACGGGCUCAUGGGCCUGCAGCUGGUUGCCUACGUGUGGUUCUGCUAUGCCGUGCUGGUCUCUCUGAAGCACUAUCCUGAGAAGCAGCCCUUCUACGUCCCUUUCUUUACCACAUACACACUAUGGUUUUUUGCGGUGCCUGUCAUGGCCCUGAUUGCAAACUUUGGGAUCCCUCGUUGGGCUCGGGAGAAGAUCGUCAAUGGCAUUCAGCUCGGCAUCCACCUCUACGCUCACAUCGUCUUCCUUAUUAUUACACGACCCUCAGCAGCCAAUAAGAACUUCCCGUAUCACGUUCGGACGUCUCAGAUUGGAAUCCUGCUGUCCAGUCCAAAAGGAGGCGAGGGGGCGGAGAGUUUUCCCCACCACGCCUACGGAAAUAGCUCCUUCCUGGGAGAUUCUCAACCAAACUUCACUGAACUCUUCUCCAUCCAAUCAGAGCCGGUAAAGACGGUGGAGGAGACAGUGGCCCGUAAAGGACCAGAUGUUGCGAGAAACAGCGAACAGAAAAUCAUCACCACUGCUGCUGACUUAACCUCUAUAUUGCCCCCACCUCCACCUCCGAUUCCCCCGCGCCCCGCCACGCGAUCACCCCCGCUGCCGCCCCGGCUCCCCUCCUUCACCGAGUAUUUCAGCAUGCAGAGUGGAGGAGGAGGAGUGGGAGGAGGGGGAGGAGGAGGGUUUGGAACGAAGGCAUGAGAUGAAGACAAAGUCAGGGCAAAGGGCGACGGGAGAUGGUGGAAGGUACGAAGGCAACGGACAGAGUGACAACAAAGAAAUUCAAGGUUUUACUGUUUAAAGACAAAAAAGUCAGCCAAAAAAAAAAAAGUUUGGAAGGACAAAAAGGAGAAAUCAUCAAAAAGGUGAAUCCCUAAAACGGCUCCUUUUUCACCUACGAACCGAAAUGACCAGAAUGGAGCGGUGAAGGUGGGGGGAAAUGGCUGAGACACGAGAGCUGAGCUUGUUAAAGAAUAAAGAAGCAAUAAAUAUUUGAUGUUGACCAGUAAAAGGCACACGGGGAGAAAGAUGACAAAGUGGAUGUAGCCAGAGCAAUAGAAUGAUAGCUGUGCACAAAGCGGAAAUGAACAAAAUUCUUGAAAUACUUUUAUUCAAAAAUUCAUGAGGCAUUGAUGGUGUGCCUGGAAGAGUUUGUAAAUAGCUAAAACCAGUGAGAGCUACCACUCUAUAUAGUUUUAUUUAAAAGGGAAAAACAAGGAAAUUUAUUUUCAUGUUUUUUUCCACAUCAUUAAAUUCCAGUUGGUGCUGUGACCAUAGAAAAAUGUCAUGCCAUUAGGUGUAUGGAGUUAAUCUAAAAAAUAAAAUACUUUUUUUUUUUCUUAAAUGUAAACAUUUUGAUAAAGGGUACAUAUCUAUAUGAAGUCUGUUGGGUUAAUUUAUAUUCUUAUAUGCCUUCAUUACCGCUGGGUAUUCUGGAUUGAUAUGCUGAUGUGUAACUGUAAAAUGUUUACUGUGGGCACUUCUAGGUACAGUACUUGUAAAACACGCAUGUUUGUAUUGUAUUCCCCCGUCCAAAAAGCUGAUAUAUGUGCUCCACGUGACCAUAGACUAUUCGCUUAUUGUGUGUACUGAAAUCUAUUCUUUUUGUAAAUACAUACAGUAGGCUGUUUUUGACUGGAUAAACUCUGUUAAUUGUUUUUUCCAAUCGAAACUGUCUAACGCUGUCUAACACACAAUAUAAAACUAUAUCGGUUUUAGUUGAAUCUUCACUGGAGUGCAGAUAUGCCUGCUCAAAAAUGUCAUUUCUGUGUACGUAGACGUUGGUGAAUGUACUAAUGCAAAACAGCACAAGGACAGGGGCGGUUAUUAAGUUGCUGGUAAACCUUUUUUAAAUGUUCUUUUGGCUUCCGUCUACAACAACGUCUAAAAAGAAAAAAAAAAUAGAAGUAUCUUCAUAUUCACUCCUGUCUUGUUCCUGAAAUGAAUAUUCAUGAAUAUUCUACUUGGUCAGCUUUUUACAAACGAGUGUGAAAAGCUGAACAAAUAUUAUUAGUUUUGUAUCCCCCUUAUACUGAGAUAUGACAAAAAAAAAAGCCUUGUAGAUGAACUGUGAAAACACAACUGUACAUUUCGUCUGUCCUGCAUGGAGCACUUUAAUGUUCCUGGUCUUAGUCUGUUUAUUUGUGAUGACGUCACCUUGUAAAGCUGCUUUGAAACCUGUAUUCACACCGCAUCGAGUAGUAUUCCACACACCUGUAAAUACAGUCUGUCAUCAGCUGUUGGGAUGUUUUAGGGAACGUAUCUUGCUUAAGUGAUUUAACGGUGAAUCUGAUAAGAAUUGUGUCAGAGUGACAUUGACGCCGACAAAUUCAGUGGUUUUUUCUUCUGAAUUAUACAAAUGGUGGUUCUCAGCUAAUAGCCCCAGAUUUAUCAGUGGCGAUGUUGCUGUCAAAGAAUAUUUUAGGUGAUGUUAGGACUGUGGUUUGUAACUUAGUCUGUGAAACUGAAUGAUACUUGAACUAGAGUAUUAGUUAUUUCUGAUUAUGUGUCUGGUGUGUAUUUGGCAUGUCUGCCAUUUCGUCUGCUGUUGCCCGUUGUUAUGGUUGCCAUGACUUGACUGAAAAGACACUGGGCGACUCGACAAACUGUGACUGUAUCACAGCUUCUACUUUGUGUACAUGGACAUUAAAUCACAGGAGUGACACGACGACUUUGGGAGACGACUCAAGAGAAAAGAGAUUUAUGUAUGCAUGAGAGACAACAGCACAGCUUUUAGGCUACUCAGAGCGACCUGUUUAAGAGCACAUCACUAAAGCACCGUUCAAAUGCAUUUUAAUGGUGUCAAAUAAUAAUUCUAAAUACGCUGUACAUAUACACUUUUUGCCAAAAUAAUAAAAAAUACUGUUUUAUUAGAAGCCUUG